GCAAGGGAGAAGAUAGUGAUGUCCUCAGCAUAAACGCAGACGCAUAUGAUAGCGACAUAGAAGGCCCCUGCAAUGAAGAAGAUGGCCCAGACGUGCAAGAAAACAGUGUCCGAAGUGGAGCCGGUCAGAUAGAUGACCUUCAGAAGGACAUUGAGAAGAGCGUGAAUGAGAUCCUGGGGUUGGCCGAGUCCAGCCCGAAGGAGCCCAAAGCAGCAGCCUUAGCCGUCGCUCCGUCAGAAGAUGUUCAGCCAUCAGCACAGCAGCUGGAGCUUCUGGAGCUGGAGAUGAGGGCCAGAGCUAUCAAGGCUCUGAUGAAAGCUGGUGAUGUAAAAAAACAGCCCUGAGGUUGUUUAGAUUCCAUU